AUGACCCGUCAACCUUUUGUCACGAGUGACGCGCCAGAGGAGGACGAGAGCUCCAGCGAAAGCUCAAGCAGCUCAAGUGACUCUGAUUUAGAGAAGGAGGUGUGCACAGACGACGUCACCAGCAGCACAGACAGCCCCGACAGCCAACUCAGCGACCUGGACACAGAUUCAGAUUAUGAUUCCAUGACAGAAGAAAACUCGUUCAUGGCCACAGAGAUACCGCAGACCCCGUCCAUUGGCACCAGAGUCCCAGGUGGUGCGUAUGUUGACCCAUACACACUUGGCUAUGCGGGAGAUGCGCCGGCCAAUGACCUCAGCCGCACGUCGACUGUGGGCAGUGGCAGUGGCACGCCUCAGCCCAUAGCGCCAGUCAUUCGGUCCAUUUCACAGGGCCACGACUUCCCACCGGUGCGAGCGGUGCCGUUGAGUUUGAAGUUCGGAAUGGAGAUCUUCCAGCGCAACGAUUCGCAGAGCCAAUCAAUACGCACCAUUCAGAUCAAGAUUCGGAUGGCCGAGGGCACCCCAGAGUUCGAUGUACGCGAGAACUACGUGGGUCGACUACUGAGUAAAGAGCCGAGCGUCAAGAAGCCGUUCCCAAAGAGCAUGAAUGGGCUGUACUGGAAAGACUUUGUAGUGCCUGGACCACCCGGAGAUAUCGAUCUGCUUUCGCCGUCUGAGCUGCUGUGUUUCUAUCCGUUGGAGGACUUCCGUAGUGCGUUAGGGACGAGCUUAGCGUUGGGCACUCAAAUUGCGGCAGCGCCUGUGUACAACCGCCAGCUGCGAUCGGUGCUCCUGUUUGGUGAGCCAUACGAAUGUCCCAGUCCCAUCUCAAAUAUUUUGUAUACACACGGCAUCGAUGUCAUAUACUACACACACGUGCCAGGCAAGAACCUGUAAGGCCCAACAUCCAUUGCUACAGGCUGUAUGUGCAUGUGUAUAGGUAUGCAUGUCGCGCAUACUAAGCAAUAAAUAAAGUCAGUACAAUAAAAAUGAUACUGUGCAAUGAAGAAGUGCACUCC